AUGGGCUGGGUGCUGGGCGCGAGUCCAGAGGUGGAAGAGCGCUCAAGAUGGAAGGCGAUAGUAGCGACGAUGCUGGUCUUUACCAUUUUGAUGCUGCUUACCGUCUUUUUACGGGUUUGCGUGCGCAGGAGCACAAUACAUAAGGAAGAUUGGAUCACACUAGUGACGACGCUCUUCAGCGUGGUAUACGGCGCCACAGUCAUCAUUCAGACUAGGUACGGUCUGGGUUUGCCUGUAGCGCUGCAGCCAAGACAAUAUGCGCGAGCACACACAAUCACGAACUAUGCUGCAAAGCCAUUCUAUCUAUGGGCUUUGGCUGGUUUCAAGCUGGCUUUAUGCAUUAGCUAUCUGCGAAUGACCAAAGGCAGCACAGACCGGCGGUAUCGAGUCUUCAUCAUCGGCAUAGCAGUCUUCUGUGUGGCUAUGAACACAAUCUACGUGUUGCUCUCCAUGUUCAGUUGCAAUCCGCUUGCAAAGAUGUUCGACACAAGUAUCUCAGGCUCUUGUUUGUCAUUCGCGCCCAUCAACUAUGCUAUCAGCAUCACUGCCAUAGUUUGCGACGUGAUCAUUUUCUUGCUGCCCAUACCUUUGAUACAGAGACUGCAUCUAGACCGUGCUGUAAAGCUUGGGCUCACCAUCAUCUUUGCGCUUGGCCUACUUACUACAGUGCUUUCGAUCAUGCGAGCCACGCAGAUUGACCGUAUUGAGUAUGGCGAUGGCGAUACAUCCUACUUUGUGAUUCGCAGUGGGCUGGAGCUGAACAUUGGGGUAAGAUCAAAG